AUGGACACAAUUCGGGCACACGUGGGUCGGGCGCUGGUCCAGCUUGGCGAGCAAUUCCUUGAACACGAUUUACACCACGAAGAAGGCCAUGUGGCUAUGGACAUGGACAUGUCUAUGUCCGGCAUGAGCAUGGACAUGGGCUCGACGACGGCCUCCAGCAGCAGCAGCAGCACAAUGAACAUGGCGAUGCCCACGUCCUCGUCGUCCAUGUCAACCAUGACGAGCAUGAGCAUGAACAUGGGCAUGUCGAUGACGAGCAGUGCGAUGACGGCUGCGUCGACGGCGAUGAGCAGCAUGAGCGGCAUGGGCAGCACGAGUACAAGCACAAGCAGCAAGCCCAGCUGUGUAAUUUCUAUGACGUGGAACUGGGACACAAUCAACACCUGCUUCAUCAGCAAGCAAUGGCAAAACACAAGUCACGGAAAAUUCGCCGGCAGCAUCAUCGGAAUCUUCUUCCUCAUGAUUGCCAUUGAGGUCGCACGCCGUGCACAGCGCGAGUACGACCGCUACUGUCUGCGACGCUUCUACGGCAACGUCGACGGCAGCGGCAACGCCAAAGUCAACGGGUCUCACAAUUCCAUGCAUGGACAGCAGCAGCAGCAGCAGCAGCAGCCUUCACGACCCAGUGCUCUCACACGCAUGACCAUCCAGUUCGUGCGCUCCUUGUUCUUCAUCGUGCAGUAUGUGGCCGCGUAUUUCGCCAUGCUGCUCGCCAUGUACUUCAACGGCUAUGUAAUCCUCUUUAUCUUCCUCGGCACGUUCAUUGGGUACAUGGUGUUCGGCGCCGACACCCUGCCACUCGUGCCCAAAACUUGCUCACCGACGUGUCGCACAGACUCGUGCGCCGGCGGCCACCCGAUGGGCCACGAGAAAACCGAGUUUUCCGACUCGACAUCCAGCGGCGUGGAAAAAUAG